CAUCAUUCCGCGCCGCUUGUCAUCCGACUAGGGAAGAUGCUAGUGGCCUCUUUCCAAAACAUUUCCCAAACUUGACAGGUUGUAGGCUUGAAUCAACAUUUUGCACGGAUUGUAAAACAGCAGACGUGUUAAUAGAUGCAAAAUGCCUCCAGUGAGGCUAUUUAGUCUGUAAUAAACGAAACAGUAACGAUGAAAAAUACCGGGCUAAUGCUAGUUAGCGUCUGUGUGUAAUCAGACUGAAAAGGAGCUCCACGUUCAUUAAAGAGGAGAGAUAUAUUCGGAAAUCACUGGACACGAUGGGAGCUGAACAGAGCGGCGAUGCCGAGCAUAAACAUUCAGACUACAGUGCUUCAGUCGUACCCUCACCAGCGAAGCACAGAGCGAAAAUGGACGACAUCGUGGUGGUCACUCAGGGAACGCAGUCCUUACGCAACAUCCACAACGACCCUGACGUCAUCAAGCUCCAGGAGAUUCCCACGUUUCAGCCUCUGCUGAAGGGUGUCCUGAGCGGUCAGACGUCCCCCGGCACCGUGUCUCUGGAGAAGCUGGACUCUGUGCAGGUGCUGCAGCUGUGUUUGCGCUACCAGGAUCACCUGCAUCAGUGCGCCGAGGCCGUGGCCUUCGACCAGAACGCUCUGGUCAAGAGGAUCAAAGAGAUGGACCUGUCGGUGGAGGCACUCUUCAGCAUCAUGCAGGACAGGCAGAAGCGCUACGCCAAAUACGCCGAGCAGAUCCAGAAGGUGAAUGAGAUGUCCAUGAUCCUGCGGAGAAUUCAGAUGGGCAUCGACCAGACCGUGCCUCUGAUGGAGCGCCUCAACAACCUGCUGCCCGAGAGUGAGCGCCUCGAGCCGUUCAGCAUGAAGCCUGACACCGAGCUCAAGUAGACGUCCGCCGUACGCUCAGAGCUUCAACGACAAAAUCCUGUGUACAUACAAAACAAAUGAACCUUCCUAAUAUAAUCCUGCAGCUUCAGAGCGUCUGGAAAAGUCACGUUGGUGACCGUUUGCACUCACGGGUCUAGAUCUGAUGUUACUCGUCUGACCGUCCCUGUCACGUUUUACACGUUUACAUGUUCAGUGUUUGUGAGCCCAAAAAUGAUGCUUUGUCCUCCGCAGCUUGAUGUCUUAAAGAAAAGUGAAGCGUGUUACUGACUGCUUUUUAGUUGUUGCUCUGCCAUGAACAGAUGAGAAGAUGCUGAGAUGUUUAAAUUGUGGAAAUUAAAGGAAAAUUUCAUGAUUGUGUUUAAA